CUGGGAGCACUUGUCAAACUUGCCCUUGAGUUACCCGCUUCAUGAUGAUUCAAUCCAUAUCGAUUUCUGCUGUGCUUUCGUACUAACAUUUAGAAUAAAGUCUUAUCCAAAUUAUUGGACUGCCGCUAAAUAAUUGACAAAUUUCAGGAUGAAUCAAAUACUUUUUCGGAAUUUAUUUGGAAUUCAUUCUUUUAAAAUAUGUUUAACAAGAAGUCAACCACGAAAAUUCUCUCUGCUCAUCAUAGUUUGUGUAGAACAUAUUCUCGUACAGUACCGGAAAUCGAUAAUGAUAAAUUACCAGACGGACAAAUCCGGUAUUCAACGCACAAAAAAUGGCAUGCUGUAAUGAAUUAUGUCCCAAAGCCGAAAGAUAUACCAGAUUAUCAAUAUCCAAUUAUACUUAUGUGUGCUUUGAUAGUUGGAAUAUAUUUUGCCCUCAUCCAUACAAGAUGUGAUCUAGAUGAUAUAUUAGAUGAGAACUUUAAAGAAUUUGAGAAAAUUAAAUUCGACAAAAAAUAGUUGUACAAAGAAUCUAACGUUAUCAGUCUCUGUAGUCCCAUGUUUAUUGUCAUUUUUGAAAAAUAUGAAUAUCAUCAAUUUA